AAUUGCAUAGAGAUCUAUUUUUAUUUUUAGAAAAAAAAAAAAAAAAAGGAAUUUCACAUAGAAAAAUCUAACAUCAAGUCAAACUAGAUAGGACAAAUCAAGAUGAAAAUUUCAAGUUUCUACUGAAAAUAAAUGCUGAGUUUGCCUCCAAGGAACACUCAAUCGAUCCGGAAGGAAUGAAAAUUGAGGUCUUCGCAGCGGUGAACUUAGAAUUUAGGAGUCGUGGGAACCUGGAUGUUAGGUUCGAACAUAUAUAUUGACACAUGAGAAACCAAGUCACUCAGCUAUGUUCUUAAUUUUUAAGAUGUUUUGAAAAUUUACGUAAUAAUUUAUAUAUAUUUCUCAUCUAAUUAUAUCUGGUCUAUAUUGAAUUGAAGGGGUACCGAUCUGCCGGAGAACCACAAAAUUCAGCAUGGGCCCGUCACUGGGUCGUCGACACUAUCAAUAGCAGUCGAUGAUAAAUUGAUAGAGCAUCCAUCAGUAUAGUUGCUUCAAAUUCAAUAGAAUAAUAAAUUACCAAUUUGAAAGAAGAACUCCUGCAAGAACUUGUGUUUUUUUGUGUGGAGUGAAUAACAGGACAAUCUUAACAUAAAAGAAAGAAAAUAGACGGAAAUGAAUUUUGUGAUCUCUCAGGCUAACUUGGGCAGAUUUUCCACAAAGAAUUAAGGAACCGUUAACCUUGGUUAACUAAUUCAAUUAAUACAUGAAUUUUGACACAUUGAUAUAUAUGUCCAGGGGACACGUGUCAACAAUUUAGAAGGACACUGGCGCAACUGGAGGUGAUGCUCACUGAAGGGGAGCCACUCCAUCCAUUUAUGCACAAUCACAAAAUCAUGCCAAUUGACUGUGUCCACAAAAAGUAAUUCUUCAAUUUAAUUAUACUAUAAGUACUCUUCUUCAGAAGUCCAAACUGUGUUAAACUACAAUCUCAAUUCCCCUAAACUCAACUUAUACUUUUGUUAGACAACAUGUUGAGCUCCUUACAAUGGCUAGAAAAAAGUACCUAUCUGUCGUAUGUCUUAGCCCUUUCAGUACUCAUUUCCUUUAUUCUUAUGAGUCUCCUCAUAACUAAAUCUAAAACCAAAAAAAAUCUUCCCCCUUCUCCCCCUAAAUUACCAUUAAUUGGUCAUAUGCACAAACUAGGAUUGUACCCUCACCACUCUUUACAAAAAUUAUCUAGACAAUAUGGACCGUUGAUGUUCCUUAAACUCGGAAGUAUUGACACUGUAGUUGUUUCCUCAGCUGAGGCAGCUUCCGAAAUCAUGAAGACACAUGACCUUAUUUUCUGCGACAGGCCUAAUUCCAAGGUCAACAAGAAACUUUUGUAUGGCUUUAGGGAUGUGUCUGUCGCGCCAUAUGGAGAGUACUGGAGACAGAUGCGCAGUAUAUGUGUCCUUCAGUUGCUUAGCAAUAAAAGGGUUCAAGAUUUUCGCGUUGUGAGGGAAGAAGAGACUGCCUUGUUAGUCAAGAAGAUUAAGGAGAGGUCACCAGAGGCAGUGAAUUUGAGUGAAUUGUUUAUGACACUUACAAAUGAUAUUGCGAGCAGGGCAGCUUUUGGGAGGAAAUAUAGUGAAGGGGAGGGUGGAGAGAAGUUUAGGAAGUUGAUGAAGGAAUUUGUGGGAAUAUUAGGUGGAUUUGAUUUUGGGACAUUUUUGUCUUCACUUGCAUGGAUUGAUAAGUUGAGUGGUUUAGAAGCAAAAGUGGAGAGAGUUGCUAAGGAGAUGGAUGGAUUUCUUGAGGGAGUAGUGGAAGAACAUUUAUAUAGUAGUAAUACGAUAGUGGAAAAUGAAAAGAGAGAGGACUUUGUUGAUGUUUUGCUUGGAAUUUAUAAGCAAAACAUGGAUGGUUUUUCCAUUGACAGAGAUGGUAUCAAAGCUCUCAUUCUGGACAUAUUUGCGGGUGGAACAGAUACAACUUACACUGUGUUGGAAUGGGCAAUGACGGAGCUUCUAAGGCAUCCUACUGCAAUGAACAAACUCCAAAACGAAGCGAGGGAAAUAGCAAAAGCAAAAAGUGAAAUAGUUUCUGAGGAUGAGUUAGGCAAAAUGCAUUACUUAAAAGCAGUAAUUAAGGAAACUUUGCGCUUACAUCCUCCUAUACCUCUAUUAGUUCCUCGACAAGCUAGACAACAUGUUAAGGUAAUGGGGUACGACGUUGGAGCUGGUACGAUGGUUAUAACAAAUGGUUGGGCGAUCGGAAGGGAUCCUGAAAUUUGGGAAGAUGCAGAGGAGUUUAAGCCAGAGAGAUUCUUGAAUUCUGAUAUUGAUUUUAAAGGGCAAGAUUUUAGAUUGAUACCUUUUGGUUCAGGAAGAAGGGGAUGUCCUGGAAUUUCAUUUGCUAUGGCUACUAAUGAGCUUGUGUUAGCCAAUGUUGUGAGGAAUUUUGAUUGGCAAUUGCCAAAUGGAGCAAAGGGGGCUGAUUUAGAUAUGACAGAAUGCACUGGCCUAACUAUUCACAGGAAAGUACCUCUAUUUGCUGUUGCAACUCCAAACAAUUUCUAGUUUGUUUAUUUUUGGUUUAUAACUCAUAGCCCGUUUGAAUGGUUGUAGCCUGAUGUAUUUUGUAUUAUGUUGUUGGUUUAAAUGCAAUCUUUGUUUUGAUUGUUACUUA